AAAAUUUCAAGUGUGUAGAAUUCGUAUAACAUCCAAAAACACAAUUCAUGUAAAAUUCUAUAACAAACAUUUAGCACUUACUCGAUAAUGCAAUUACAAACCCAUUGCUCCUUUCUCAAAUAACCAAUUCACAUGUAUUUAGACAUUUAGACAGUGUAUUAAGUCAGAAAUGCAAAUACAAUAACACAUUUCUGGGUAAUAUUAAUUGAACUCUCCAUCACUUCCAAAUAAUCAGUUAUUCACUAAACAUUUAAUUAUUUAUUUAAAAAAAUAUAUAUCAAUUCAAAAAUUUCGACAUCAAUGAAAAAAAAAACCAAAAUUUCAUUGGGAAGAAAGAAUAUUACCAAAAAAAAAAAAAGAAAAGAAGCGAAAGAAAAACCUUGCUUAGAGAGCGCAAUGGAAGAAAAUAGCGGUAUGGACUCUGUUUAUAUCCAUCCCAUAUCUUUCUCAAUUUAGGCAAAUAUCAGUUAGCAUUGGGCACACCGAGGAACUCUGUAUUAAUGAAAUUUGGGCAAUCGAUCACAAUCUCAAAGGCUGAAACGUUCGCAGCGGUGCGGUUGAUCCGGUACCGGAGAAAAACAACUACAUGUUAUAAUAAGCAGUAGUAAUCUAGUGUUAAGGGGUUUGAAAACCAAACGUGUCCGAACAAAGAAAGUGGGACACGUGGAGCAAUCCCAUGACUGGAACCUUUCAGAUUAAGCCACUUAUAUAUAAAAGAGUGGUAGAGUGUAGCAGAAUCUCAACGACGUCGGUUGUUCAUGAAUCACUGACGAGAAAGCCUGACAAUAAAAAUGGGCUGCGCUACCUCCAUCUCAAUCUCAAUCUCAGCCUCACCCCAAAUCUCUUACAUUAUUUGCCCUACUGAGUACCCAAUGUUGCCUCCUUUUCUUGCAAUCCCAAAGUCUAGAGACAAAUUCACUUGUUAGCUCUCCUGCUUCGAAAGCCCCAUCAUCGUAUGUGUUUGCAUCAUUGGAUUCUACCUGCGUGGUCAAAUUGAUUUCGCUUUUCAAGUCAGUAAUUGGUUAUAGGAAGCAAAGAUGGUUAAAAAUUGGAUGUAUCCACAAGAUAGGAAGAGUAAAGAAUUUAUUGAUGGUGUCAAAUCCUUUCUUGAGCUGGCCAAAGAAAGCACUCUAGGGAGGCUUGAUGAAGUACGUUGUCCAUGUGGAGGCUGUAAGAAUCGUCGUACUUAUAAUUUAAAAACCAUUGAGAGUCACUUGUAUAGGUACGGGUUUGUACCUAAUUACAAAAGGUGGAUAUUUCAUGGCGAAGAAAUUGACUAUACUACAACUAGUCCACCUGAGGACUUCAAUAUGAUGUUUGAUGAUGACAAUUUAGAAGAUGAUGUGGGUGAACCUAUUUUUCCGAGCAACAUUUUUGAGGAUAAGUUUCUUACUGAUUCUUGUGAAGGUGAGAGAAGUGAAUCUGAAGCAAUCAACUUUGCAAAUUUGUUUGCUAAAGCUCGUUCACUUUCUUCAGAUUGUACUAAGAUGUUGGCAUUGGAUUUCUUAGCAAAGCUGAUGCACUUGAAGGUAUCAAACAAAUGGAGUGAGAACUCAUUUAAUAUGUUGCUCCAAUUGUUGAAGGGUGUUUUUCCUGAAGAGACAAACUUUCCUACUUCAUACCAUGAUUCGAAACAGAUGUUGCAAGAUUUUGGUUUUGGUUAUGAGUUAAUACAUGCUUGCAAGUAUGAUUGUGCAUUGUUCUGGAAAGAGCAUGCUUCUUGUGAAAAGUGUCCCACAUGUGAUGAGCCAAGAUAUAAAUAUGAAAAUGGAAAGGGCAAGAAGAUUCCGCAAAAGGUGUUAUAUUAUUUUCCAUUGAAGCCGAGGUUACAAAGGUUAUAUAUGACAAAACUUCAUGCAAUUGAUAUGAGGUGGCACAAAGAAAAACAUGUUAAUGUUGAAGGUGAAAUGAAACACCCAGCAGAUACUGAGCAAUGGAAAGACUUUGAUAAGCAAUACCCUUGGUUUGCACAAGACGCUCGUAAUGUUAGAUUGGGGCUAGCAACUAAAGGCUUCAAUCCAUUCAAAAACACAAAUAGUUCUUAUAAGUUGUGGCCUGUGACACUUGUUCCUUACAAUUUACCACCAACUAAGUGUAUGGAUGAGUCAUUUUUCAUGACAACAUUGUUAAUUCCAGGUCCAGAGUCACCUGGGAGAGAAAUUGAUGUAUUCUUGAGGCCUUUGAUAGAUGAGCUGAAAGAUUUGUGGAGCAAUGGAGUUGAAACACGUGAUCAUUUAACAGGAGAAACAUUUCAGCUUCGUGCAUGUGUAUUGUGGACUAUUAGUGACUUCAUAACAUAUGAGAGUUUAUCUGGCUGGAGUUUGAGCACAGGAUUUCGCUCGUGUCCAAUUUGCCAACGUUUUACAAAUUGUUUAAUAAUUCGAGAUAAAGUGUGUUUUUUGGGUCACCGUCGUUACUUGUCGCCAGGUCAUUCUUGGCGAAAGCAUAGACAAUAUAAGGAGAAUUACUUUAGAGACGAUGCCUUACCGCCACCGCCAGUGUAUUGGGAAGACAUGUUGGAGCAACUUGACUCUUUACCAAUCACGACACCCGGUAAAAAUCCAAAUAAUGAAAACAGAAUGUUAUGUCGUGGCGACACAUUUUUCCAUAAUUGGAUGAAGAAAAGUAUUUUUUUUGAGUUAGAGUAUUGGGCCACAUUGAAGGUCAGACAUAACCUGGAUGUCAUGUACGUUGAAAAGAAUUUUUGUGAAAGUAUUAUUGGAACAUUAUUAAACAUGAAGGGAAUGACAAAGGAUACAAACAGAGAUCGCAUGGACUUGUCUGAUUUGGAUAUAAGGGAAGAACUGCAUUUUGAGCUUUACAAGAAUCGUUUGUUGAAACCACCUGCAUGUUAUACUUUAGCAAGCUCAUUUUAUUCUGAUCCAGAUAAAUUUUGUAAAUUUUUCAAGUCUGUUAAACUUCCAGAUGCUUAUGCUAUAGACAUCUCAAAAAAAGUUAGUAUCACAAAAAAGGUAAUAUCAGGAUUGGAAGCUUAUGAGUGCCAUGUGAUUUUGCAACGUCUUCUUCCUCCUGCAGUGGACCUUCAUUUCAUACACGAGGAUAUUACUAUUACACUGUCCGAGCUUUCUAAUUUCUUUCAAAUGUUAUGUGCCAAAACUUUACUAGAUAAAGAUCUGGACAAACUACAAGAGAGGAUUGCACUAAUUUUAUGCAAGUUCGAGAAAAUCUAUCCACCCUCCUUCUUUGACAUCAUUGUUCACUUGGCUGUUCACUUACCACAUGAGGCAAAACUUGUUGGACCUGUUGGCUAUCGAUGGACAUAUCCAUUUGAAAGAAAUUGGGAAAAACUCUCAAAGUAUACGAGGAAAAAUUGUCAGCCUGAAGGCUCAAUUGCAGAGGCUUACAUUGUUAAAGAAGCAGUUAGAUUUUGCUCCAUAUAUGGCCAUGACAUUGAUACCCAUUCUAAUAAAGAAGAUGACAAUUUAGGUCCUAAACAAACUCGUUCAUCCUUUCAUGUGUUCUCACAUCGUGUUCAACCAUUUGGAGACGAGGGAUCUGUAAAGUUGACUCGUGAUAUGUUGCAACAGGCCCACUUGUUUGUACUGCUCCAUUGUGACGAGUUAGAUCCGUAUGUUAGUGAGCAUAAGAAGGAAUUGGAGGGAACAUCUGAUGUCAAAGUAGAAGAAAGGCAUAAGGAAGAAUUUCCUUCCUGGUUGGCAAAUCAUGUGAAACGGUUGCGUGAAACUGAGCCAACGAAGGUCACUGAUGAGCUUUUUUCAUUAGCUAUUGGACCUGAUUUUGAGAUAAAUACUUACUCUGGUUGUGUAGUUGAUGGAGUCAGAUUUCUUACUGACGAGAAAGAUAGCCAUAGAAUUGCUCAGAAUAGUGGUUUAUUCUGUUUAUUAGAACGCGAAGGUAAGGUUGUGGAGUUUUAUGGUAAUUUAUGCAAUGUGUGGGAGUUGAAAUAUUCAUUUGGCCACCGAGUUGUUUUGUUCAAAUGUAAAUGGUUCGGCACAAAGCCAGAGACUGGAACAUCUGGUGAAUGCAAUAAUAUCACUCGCAUCUGGGUCAAGAAUAUAUGUGAUCAGAAUGCUCCCUUUGUACUUGCAAAAGAUGCAGGGCAAACAAUUUAUCUCAAAAUCACUGAGGGAUUCUGUUGGAAAUAUGCCCAAAAAGUGAAAUACAAACUGUUUUGGGAUGUUCAUGAGUUGAGUAGCAAAAUGGAAGUUGAUGAGGAUGAGACUACUGAUGAUAACCUCAACUCUUGUAAUUUUCAAUGGAAUGAACAAAUUGAUGACAUUGCAAUGAAAAGUCUUGUUCACGAAUAUGGUGACACAGUAGUGAUCAAUGAUGAUGUUGUUCCAAAUUUAAGAAAAGUAGGUGUGGGCCUCCCAGCUGAAAUGUUUGAUGAUGCAUGGUUCAAGGACUGUCUUACCCCAGAUGAAAGACCAUGGGUUAAUUACACUGGUAGUGAAAGCGAUCGCGACGACAUCAGCUCCUCCUCAAGUGACUUGUAACGUUACAUGUUUCUUUCAUUUUAGUUUUCUUUAUCUUAGAAAUGUUGUUGCGUUCAAAUUGUGUUUUCAUUUUUGUUUGUUUGAAUCUGUCAAGACUUCUUUGUUUGCUUAUUUAUUCUACCUUGACAAGUUUCUCUUUAA